AUGACGAUAAAGCAAGGUGUUUUCUCAUGGGAAGAUGUCAUCGCGCAGCGAUACCUAAACAACCACCCCAAACACCAACUUCAACCACACCCUCACCACGAUCACGAGAUCCAACACGCGCACAACAAUGAAUACAACCUAAGCCAAACAAACUACUACCCCUUCCAACCACACUCCCCGCUCCUCGCAAAACUCUCCCCCGAACUCCGCCUGUUGAUAUGGGAGUACGUCCUCGGUGGGAAAUGCAUACAUAUUGUUCAGUGGGCGAAUCGGCGGAUGGGGUACGUCGUCUGCACUGAUUCUGAUGGGAAUGGGAAUAAGAAUACGCAUAAGGUUAAGGGGAAGAUGUGCGAUGUUUGCCAGACGGGGUUACCGUCGCGGCGGGCAUGCGCGAAACGAGGGACGGAUACGGGGGUGAGGGGGCUGUUGGGGGUUAUGCUUGUUUGUAGGCAGAUAUACACAGAAGCAGGACACAUCCUCUACACAAACAACGCCUUUACAAUCCCCUCGACCUGGUCCCUUCCUUAUCUCCUCUCCUCACCCUCCUCCCCGUCAAACCCAUUGUCCAACAUCCGCACCCUGACCCUCCACUACGCCUUUCCUGGCCACUGGCUCCCCAGCAAAGACCCCGUGAAACAAAUAUACUUCACCUCCGGCCGCGUGCAGUGGACACAAACCUGCGCUACUGUAUGCUCACUCACAAAUCUUGAAAGAUUCACGUUGGUGCUGGAUGGUGGAUGGUUCGCGGAGAGUGCAUCGAGGAUACCAGUAUUUCUGGAGCCGUUGCGGGAUGUUGUUAUUAAGAGCAGGAAUCGGGGGUCGAGGAGAAUAGCGGAUACGGAAGAGGAAGAUAGGGAUGGGGAAGGGGGGUAUUGGGAAGUUAUACUCCCCAAACAACCAUAUUAUGUGAACGAGGUGAGGAGGUUGAAUGCUGAGGUUAAGGAGAGGGGGUUGGGGUGUGUUUUUAGGGUUUGA